AUGAGUAGUAACGAAGCCGAAGCUUCACAAGAUAGUGAUCCAAAGCAAUUGAAGGAAGAACCCUCUAAAUGUGAAGGUGACAGUACAAAGAAAUUAUCCCAAAGUGUCGAGGGAGCAAACGUCACAGAUGAAAAGACUCUCGUGGAAGAGGAUCCACUUGAGAAGCCAAUUCCUUUACCUCCAAUUAAAAAAAGAAAAACUGACCCCGAAGCAGAUUCUGAACAGGUAAAGAAAGUAAAGAGUACGCUUCCCACUGAUAGUGAAAUUGGUAAAGAGGCUGACGACUCCGCUAAGUCUCCUCCCCCAUUACCUGAAAAACCAAAAUUUGUAUUUGGUCAAAAAACGAAGUUUGCAAGCGUCGGAGGAUUUGGAGCUUUUACAAAUAAAAACGUUUUUGGAGCGAAGCCUUCAAAAGAAGAAACCAAUGCAGAGUCAAAAGAUAGCAAAGACGAACCAGACCGGACCUCAAACCCCAAAGAUGAAUCAGGAUCGGAAUCUGCAGAGAAACCAAAGCCUGUUUUUGGAACAGGAUCCUCCUUUGGUAAUGCAUUUAAAAAAACAUUGACUAAAAAAUCCGUAUUUGAAGAUUUGGAUUCGAAAAAGGAGCAAACCCCUGAAGCUGAAGAUAACGACAAUACUGAAAAAACUGAAAAGUCUGCCAAAGAAAACUCUACUCAGGGAAUACCGCUUUUUGCCAAGGUACAAUUGAAUAUACAAGAGCAAUCGGCUGAAGUCGAACAAAAAUCACUGUAUUCGGUGAAAUCUAAACUUUAUCGUCUCGAUUUGGAUGCCAUAAAAGAAGGCUGGAAGGAGAAAGGUAUAGGUAUAUUAAAGUUGAUUGACAAAACUGAUACAGAAUUUUAUAAACUAGUGAUGAGACAGGAUGCCACUUUCAGAUCUUUGUUGAAUAUUCCGCUGGUUAAAGGUUUAAAAAUUGAUAAAGGCAUGGAGAGUUCUCUGCAGAGUGAAAAAUUUCUUCGAAUAACACUUCAAGAAGACGGAAAACCUUUACAAUACUCCAUUAAAGUGGGUAGUGGUACGAGUCGGGACGAAUUGUAUGAUAGAGUAUCGGAGCUCAUACCGAAAUGA